AUGGCAGAAAAAAGAAAAUUACUUAAUGAAAUCGACAAAUGCUUUAAAAAGGUUGAGGAGGGGGUUGAGCUCUUUGAAGAGAUUAGAUUUAAAAUGCAGGAAGCGAACAGCGAAAACCAAAGGGAGAAAUUUCAGGAAGAUUUGAAAAAGGAAAUUAAAAAGCUGCAAAGGUUGCGGGACCAAAUAAAAGGUUGGCAGAAUUCUUCAGAUAUUAAGGAUAAAGAUAAGCUAACUUCUUAUCGAAAAGUGAUAGAACAGAGGAUGGAACAGUUUAAAGACGUUGAGCGCGAAAACAAAACGAAACCGCAUAGCAAGCAGGGCUUGUCGGCAGAAGAGAAGUUAGACCCGAGAGAAAAGGAGAAAGCCGACACGGUUGAAUGGUUACAGAGUCAGAUUCGUUUAUUAGAAGGUAAAUCUGAUAAAACAGAAUCGCAGAUUGAGUCACUAACUACCACGGAACAAACGAGGAAGAAAGGCAAACGGGAUGAUCCAAAAAAAGGCGAGAAAGAGAAAUUGAAAAAAAUCGAGGAUCUGAGGAAGCUUUUGGAUCGAAUGAAGCUUCAUAUCUCUAAACUUGAGAUUUGCAUGAGGCUAGUGAAUAAUGAGACUUUGGAAAGCAAAACCGUAAUGGAGGCUUUGAAAGAACCGUUUGAAAUGUAUAUUGAGGCACUAGAUCCUGAUAAUGAGAAUGAUCCGGAGAAUUAUGAUCCUGAAACUGCAGGUGUUUAUGACGAAUUAAACUUGCAAUCGUAUACUCCUCAAUUAGGCGGUGUCUUUGCUGCUGGAGAUUCUGAAGAAAAGGUAGAAAGUCGGAGCGAUCCUAAAGUUUCACCUAGCGUUUCUCCAACUCCUCCUCUUCCCAAGGAAAUGGACGAAGUCACUGCAAAGCAGCGACACUCUAGUGGGGAUGCGGCCCUUACAUUAACACGACAGGCUUCGGUAAGCAGGAGUACUCCGGCUACACCUCUUAAACUUACGAAGUUAGCAUCUUCUUGUUGCCAGCAGGACCCUCAGUUGAGUGUUGAAAGCUCAUCACUAAGUUCACCACCACCACCUGCAACACCGCCUCCUCCACAGGGAAUGCCGUAUAAUGUUGCUGCCGGUCUUGGUACAAAGACUACUAAAGGAGCUAUGGUGCAAAAUCUAAGGUAUACAUUAAGAGAAAUUGUCAGAUGACA